GGCGUGGUUGCCUUCACGAACAUGAUGCGCUCGGUCUUCCUGACGGUGAUGCAGACGGCGAGCCUUGUGCUUCUUGGGGUGCUGUGUCUGGUGAGCGCGGCCAACCAUCUUGUGCCGAGCGACGGCGGAGCGAGGGCGUACGCGGCUAUCGUGCUGCUGCUGACGGCUGUGCUGUUUGCGGUCACUGUGUACAGCGUUGUUGUGUGGUACGCGGAGGACCGCCACUGGCAGGAGCUGCGCGAGCCGCGGCGUGGUGUGCUGGAGGCGCUGCUGCGCGAUGACGAGCAUGGCGACGAAGGGACGCAGAAUCCCCACGACACGACGUCAUCGUCGUACGCCUCAGGCACCACCGUUGCGUCGUCGUACCGACCACCUGCGGUGUUGUUGCAGCCCAUGGCCGGUGACAUCCGCUCAGACGUCUUGAGCCUGCUCGACCGUGCAUUGAGUGCGAUCGGCAAAAUUGAUCACGCCGGCAUGUGA